GAUAUGGAAUUACACGAGGCUUGCGGUGUAUUUGGUGUAUUAGCCAAAGAGCCUUGCGUAAAAAUUGCUGAAGUAAUAUAUCAUGGACUAAUUGGGCUACAACACAGGGGUCAAGAGAGUGCGGGAAUGAUUAUUAGUGACGGCACAACCAUGAAAGAAAUCAAAGGAAUGGGUUUGGUAAGUCAUAUUAUGACUGAUGAAAUGAUGGAUCGACUGUCUGGAGGGAAGCUAGGAAUUGGACAUACACGUUAUUCCACGCAAGGUGCUUCAGAUCUAGCUAAUUGUCAGCCAAUAUCUACGGAGACAUUUAGGGGCAGAAUUGCUCUUGCUCAUAAUGGGCAACUGAUCAAUAAAGAUCAUUUGAGGAAUCAAUUAUUAUCGCAAGAUAUUAAAUUAACCACAGAGAGCGAUAGUGAAAUUAUACUGAAAAUAUUAGCUGCCAUUAUGCUGAAAUAUAGCAAUUACGAUCCAGAAUCAGCUGAUUGGAUGAAAGUUAUUGAAGAAUUUAUGAACCAAAGUGUCUUGUCUUAUUCUUUCAUCAUGAUGACCCGUGAUCGUUUAUAUGGAGUUCGAGAUCCUUAUGGAAAUAGGCCACUUUGUAUUGGAAGAUUCCAUGCUGAAGGUGAUACUACUAGAACGAUGGGGUGGAUUUUAUCAUCGGAAUCUUCACCAUUUCUCUCCAUUUCAGCCAAACUAUGGCGAGAAGUUCAACCAGGUGAAAUUGUGUGCUUACAUCUAAGUGAUAAUGGCGACGAGAACUUGAUAUCUCAUCCAAAUCAAAAUUGUACGAAUAAGUUAGCAUCGUGCCUUUUUGAAUAUGUAUAUUUUUCAAGAUCUGACACUAUUUUGGAAAAUCAAAUGGUCUAUUCUGUCCGAUUUCGAUGUGGUCAGUUACUCGCUAUAAAAGCUCCAGUUUAUAACGCUGACUUGGUUAGUUGCAUCCCCAACUCUUCUACACCAGCUGCUCUAGGCUAUUCCAUACAGUCUACAAUUCCCUAUGUACAAGUUUUGAUCAGAAAUACGUAUGUUGGUCGAACUUUUAUCCAGCCAAAUCAUCAAACCAGACAAUCCAGCAUUAAAAGAAAAUUUGGGCUAUUAACGGAGAAUAUUUUGGGGAAGAAAAUAAUCCUGAUUGAUGAUUCGAUAGUUCGUGGUAAUACGAUUAUUCCAUUAAUUCAAGCAUUAAAAUCAGCAGGUGCUAAAGAGAUCCAUAUUCGUGUUGCUUCUCCACCAGUCCGCCAUCCUUGCUUUAUGGGUAUCGACAUUCCUACUCAGGAUGAAUUAAUUGCUAAUAAAGUUGCUAGCUUGACUCAACUGGCUAAAAAACUCGAUGCCGAUAGCGUAGAAUAUCUCUCAUACCAAGACUUAUUGCUAGCAGUGCAAAACGAUAUGUACUUUACUGAUUGCUUUAUCAUCAAAGGUAUUGGAGAUAAUAGUCACAGGCGCGGAUAUUGCAGUGCCUGCUUUACUGGAGAAUAUCCCGUAUCCUUGGAUUGGUGA